AUGUACACUUCAAAUGACACCAAGUUCCGCCCUUCCUCUUUCCUCCUGCUGGGGGUCCCAGGCCUUGAAGAGAUGCACACUUGGAUCGGGUUUCCUUUUUGCUCUGUGUAUCUGAUUGCCCUUGUGGGCAAUAUCACUAUCUUGUUUGUGAUCAAGACUGAACACAGCCUUCAUCAGCCUAUGUUCUACUUCUUGGCUAUGUUAGCCUCCAUUGAUCUGGGUCUGUGCACAGCCACUAUACCUAAAAUGUUGGGCAUAUUCUGGUUUAAUUUAAGAGGGAUUAGCUUUGGGGGCUGUCUUACCCAGAUGUUUUUCAUUCACAUGUUCACUGCUAUGGAGACUGUUGUGUUGGUGACGAUGGCCUUUGAUCGCUACACUGCCAUCUGCAAUCCUCUACGAUAUAACCUGAUUCUCACCAACAGAACUAUCGGUUUCAUUCUUGCAGUGGUGUUUGGAGUCAAUUUCGUUUUGAUUAUUCCUAUGGUGUUUCUCAUCUUAAGGCUUCCUUUCUGUGGACACUAUAUAAUCCCCCACACAUACUGUGAGCACAUGGGAAUUGCUCGGCUGGCCUGUGCUAAUAUAAAAGUAAACAUGAUAUAUGGAUUAAUUCUUAUAUCAACAGUACUUAUUGAUGUGCUUCUGAUUGCUGUCUCAUAUGUGAAGAUACUCCAAGCUGUCUUCCGCCUUCCUUCUCAGGAAGCCAGACUCAAGGCACUUAACACGUGUGGCUCCCACAUCUGUGUCAUCCUAGCCUUCUUCACUCCAGCUCUCUUCUCCUUCAUGACCCAUCGCUUUGGUAGGAAAGUUCCCGUAUACAUUCACAUUCUCCUGGCCAAUCUGUAUGUUGUAGUUCCACCUGCCCUCAAUCCUGUCAUUUAUGGGGUGAGAACUAAGCAGAUUCGGGAACGAGUUUUAAGCAUCUUCUUGAAAAAAACCUGA